GGCGGAGCGACGAAGGUCUUCCCGGUCGACUUCCGCCGUGCUCCGUUUACGCAACAGAAACGGUUCGUCGGACGUCGCGGACACUCGUCGAGCAGAAAGCGAAGGCCCAAGGGGAAGAUGUUGCGCGUCGUAGCGAGUCGCGCGGCCUCAGCGGCGCGCACGGCGAUGGUACCGCGGGCGACGGUCACCGUCGUCGGCACGCGGAGCGUCAGGGCUGCCCACGGUGUCAAGGAGACCGAGGAGGAGUUUGACGAACGAUACGUAAAGUUCUUCAACCGCAACGACAUCGACCACUGGGAGAUUCGGAAGGCCAUGAACGAUCUGGCCGGUAUGGACAAUGUGCCGGAACCAAAAAUCAUAUGUGCAGCAUUGAGAGCUUGCAGAAGGUUGAACGACUUUGCGCUCGCCGUGAGGUUCCUAGAAACUGUAAAAGAUAAGACCGGUUCACACGUCCAGAAGAUUUAUCCAUACCUUCUUCAAGAGAUCAGACCUACUUUGGACGAGCUGGGUAUCAGCACGCCCGAGGAGUUGGGUCUCGACACCCCAGAAUUAGCCUGUGAAUCAGUGUACCACAUGUAAUGCAUUAAAAAUUUAUAUAAACAUUAGUAUUUAUGUUCUCGGCUGCUAUCGCAGAUAUACAUGAUGAGAAUGAUUCAUCGGUGACACAAAUUGUACGUGAAAUAUACUUUCCAUGUAACUGUCUCAUCAGCAGCACGUUGAAUAAACGGUUAUCGUUGUCUAUCGAAAUAACAUUUCUAUCGUUCAUGGGGAAGUAGGCGUAACUUGAAAAGUUGAAAAUAUAUAUACAGAGUGUGCU